GAAGUCUCUUCUUUUCUUAUAUAUUUGAUUUGAUUUGAUUGAUUGAAACGUUUUCACUUCACUCGGUCAUUCACUUCCCACUUCCUUCCACCCACAGAAACCCUAAUCACAAACUCUUCUGAAUGGCUCCCAGAAAACGUCUCCUCAUCAACGAUCCACCCAGCGUCACCAACACCACCUCCGAGUCUUCCGACGACGACAAAAAUGAUUAUAUCCAGCUUCCUUGUUCAUCCAAGAAACAACCGGUAGUCGUCGAAGGAGAAGAAGAAAUAGGAGAUGAAGAUUCAUCAUCCGAAGAAGAAGAAGAAGAUUCUUCAUCUGAAGAACUUCAACAUUCUCAACCUGCUGCUUCCCAAAAUCCUCCACCUUCUACGCCAAAUUCAAACCCUAACCCUAAACCUGUUGCUUCUGCUGAAUCCGGACCGAAAACCACUACACCUCAUGAUACCAAACUCAAACAACACGCUUCCAAGCCCAUCAAAGCCCAACCACAGGCCCAAUCAUCAGCCCAAGCCCAAACCACUCCUAAAUCUGGGAACAAACGUGCUAACGACGACAACAACGCCAAUGGAAAUGCUGCAAAACGUUCCAAAGGCAAAGAAACUGUUUCUGCCGCUGCUGGUGGUAGAAUCUUCAGUGAAGGCGAUGAACUUACUAUUCUGAGAGGAGUUGCUGACUUCCUUUCCAAAACUGGAAAGGAUCCUUCGAAGAAUAUAGAUUCUUUUCAUGAUUUUGUGAAGAACUCGCUUGGUGCUACUGUUACUAAUCAGCAACUUAAGCGAAAAAUUCGUGGCCUGAAGGAGAAAUAUGAAUCGGGUGAUAAUUUCAUUAAACCCCAUGACAAGAAAGCUUUAGAACUCUUCAAAAAGAUUAAAUGGGGAAACAAUGGUGGGAAUGUUGCUGGAGAAGAAAAUGGAAAAGCUGUUGAUGUGAAAAGUCCAAAGAAAGAUGUUAAUGUUAAAGUUAAGCAUGUUGGUUCUUCUUCUAAAAAUGUGGGAAGUGGUGUUGAUAAUAAUUUCAUUUUGAAUGAAAUUUUUCGUUCCAGGGAUGCUAAGGGUUUGCCUUUGAACAAGGAUGAUGGAAAGCGAUUGAACAAGGAUGAUGGAGAAAAAAGGUUAGAAAUGAUUGGUGAAAGCAGGAGGGCUGAAAUGGUGCACCAAUGGAGGCAGCUUCAUGUCGCGGAAUUGGAGGUUUAUGUGAAUCGGGCGCAGUUAGUGAAAGAUCAUACUAGCUAUUUAUUGGAGGAACUCACUAAAUCAACCCAUUAGGAUUAUCUGUCUAUGUUAGAUCUUCCUUGUUUUUCAAGAUUUCUGGUGGAUUGAAAUCGUUGGCGGAGAGAUUUGGUUUGGUUGUGGUUGUUACGAAUCAGGUUGUUGAUUUUAUUGAAGGGAAUGAAAGUGUUAGAAUUGGGAAUUUUA